AUGUUUGAUAAAAAUAAAUUCUUAAUUAGUUCAAUAUCAAUAACUUUGUUAAUAUUUGUUGUAUUUCAUAAUGUUGAAAAUCUAAUUCAAAGCAGAAGAUUUUUAUAAGAGGAUGAAACAAUUAACAAUCAAACUGAACAAUAACAUUAGGAGGAACACAGAAGUGCAAGGAGAACAUAUACCCCAAUGGAAAUUGAUUUUUGGAUUUGCCUGCUCAUUGCUGCAACUUUAAUCUGCAUGGCUGCUAUUUGCUCUGGAAUGACUGUUGGCUAUUUAUCGGUGGAUGAAUUGCAAUUAGAAAUAUAUAAAGAAUAAGGAACACACGAGUAGCAAAGACAAGCCAAUGUUAUCCUGCCAAUUAUUAAAUAGCAUCAUAUGCUUCUCUGCACAUUGCUUAUAGGGAAUGCAUUCUGUAUGGAAUCACUCCCAAUAUUUUUUGAUAAAGUUGUUCCACCAGCCUUUGCAGUACUAAUCUCAGUCAUCUUUAUUAUCUUUGCUGGUGAAAUCAUACCUUAAGCAUUAUGCACUGGACCGAAACAGUUGAUUAUUGCUGAGAAAUUAACACCAAUAGUUAAAAUAUUAAUGAUUCUAUUCUGGCCAAUCAGCUAUCCUUUGGCCAAACUUUUGGAUUCCUAUUUCGGAGAGCAUGGGUCUACUAGAUUCCAGAAGAAUGAAUUAAAGGCCUUAAUAGAGUUGCACGGAAUCCAGAAGCAUGCUACUGGAGGUGAUCAUGCAAAUGAGGAUUAGGGAUUCACUUAGGCAGAAAUCAAUAUGAUUACAUCCACUAUUGACUUGAGGGAUAAAACUGUUGGAUAAGUUAUGGUCCUCAUAAAGGAUGUUUUUUCUGUUAACAAAAACAAUGAACUCAAUAAAGAGACUUUAGCAAGAAUAGCAUCCUCUGGUUAUUCAUAUGUCACCAUCUAUGAAAAUUAGAAGGAAAACAUUAUUGGCACGAUUAGAUCCAAAUAAUUAAUUGAUAUGGAAUUAACUAAGAGAAAGAUAUCUGAAUUAGAAAACCUUGUAAAACCAGUUCUAUUCAUUUCAGGUGAUACCUCUUUGUUUGAAAUGCUAAUGAUCUUUAAAUAAAAGAAAACCAAAAUUGCAUUUGUGGUUGAAACUAAUAAAAAUGAUUAAGCAAAUACAUCAAGAAGUCCUAAUUGCUAAAUCAUAGAAGACAAAUCAUAAAAAAAUGUUAUUGGAUUGAUUUCAUUAAAAAUGUUAUUUGAGGAAAUUGUGAAGAAGGAAUUCCAUGAUCAAGAUAACCAUAUUAAAUUCAAUUCAUUAAAACCCACCUAAAUUCAGCCAAUUGGUAAAUUAUAAAAUAAAAUGCUUAUAGAGCCAGAAGAAAAAUAAUGA